AGAGAAGCUGAGCACGGGCUUGACGAGAUCUGAGGCGCUCAGGUGUAAGAGCCUCUCUCAUCCCCAGCAGUGGGGAAACAGUAGACAGAUAAGUGCGUCUGAGAGACUGCAGGCAUCUCUGUGAUCUCCGGGCUCAAGGCUGCACUCAGCGCACUGUUCUGCAUCAUUACCGGAAAGGCAAAGACUUUCCGCGCGUCUAUGAGCGGCUCCCCUUCUCUCGCAGUCGUUUCACCCGCUUUUUUUCCCCUCGUGCACUUUAAUUGGAGAAGCUCGCCAAGAUGAUGUCCAUGAACAGCAAACAGCCGCACUUCGCCAUGCAUCCCUCUUUGCCCGAACCGAAGUACACCACUCUGCAUUCCAGCUCAGAAGCUAUAAGGAGAGCCUGCCUACAAGCUCCACAGCUUCAGAGUAACAUAUUCGCCAGUCUGGAUGAGACCCUGCUGGCCCGGGCAGAGGCGCUGGCGGCCGUGGACAUCGCGGUGUCCCAGGGCAAGACGCACCCUUUCAAGCCCGACGCCACCUACCACACGAUGAGCACGGUGCCGUGCUCGUCGACCUCCACGGUUCCCCUCGCACACCACCACCACCACCACCAUCACCACCACCACCAGAACAUGGAACCGCCGGACAUUAUGGACCACAUCGGCUCGUCGUCCCUAACCCUGAUGUCAAGUGCGCAUGACGGGACAGGCGGAGGAGGCGGCGGGGCAGGCGGAGGCGGUGGCGGAGGACUCAUCUCCACCUCGUCUGCCCACCCGCACUCGCACAUGCAUGGCUUGAGCCACCUGUCCCACCAAGCAAUGAGCAUGAACUCGCCGCUCACCCACCACCACGGGCUCUUACCGGGCCAUCACGGGGGGAGCCAAGGCGGCCCGGGGCUCACGAAUCCCGGACUCUCCUCCAUCAAUGACUCGGACACAGACCCAAGGGAACUGGAGGCUUUUGCGGAGCGCUUCAAGCAGCGGAGGAUCAAGCUGGGGGUGACCCAGGCGGACGUGGGCAGCGCGCUGGCUAAUCUCAAAAUCCCCGGUGUGGGAUCACUGAGCCAAAGUACAAUUUGUCGAUUUGAGUCAUUAACUCUGUCCCACAACAACAUGAUCGCGCUCAAACCCAUCCUCCAGGCGUGGCUGGAGGAGGCCGAGGGGGCCCAGAGGGAGAAAAUGAGCAAACCGGACAUUUUCAACGGGGGAGAAAAGAAACGCAAGAGGACGUCGAUAGCGGCCCCGGAGAAGAGGUCUCUGGAGGCGUACUUCGCCGUCCAGCCGCGGCCGUCGUCCGAGAAAAUCGCUGCCAUCGCGGAAAAGUUGGACCUGAAAAAAAACGUGGUGCGAGUGUGGUUUUGUAACCAAAGACAGAAGCAGAAGAGGUUGAAAUUUUCUGCUGCUCACUGAUGGGCACACGAAAAAAGACAAAAGAAAAAAAAGUGAGACUGAAUUUGGGGACCAAGGGACACUAAUGAGACACCAUUUUCAGUCUUUUGUCUCCAGCGAUUUUCCACGUUGGUGCACAACGGGCUUUAGAGUCCCAUGUUAUGAGGCUUCAUAUAUCUUGUUUAUUUUCACGUUAUCGGUGAAUGUGAAGUAUGCAAAUAACAGAUCACACACAUUUCGCUCAGUUGUUACGAGGGAAACGUUACUCACGUCGACAUUGCCUUUAAAAACAAACGCAAAGAGGUAAUUUGCUUAAUAUGAUAGCGAGUUAUUUUCUCCCAAUAGGCCUAUAAUUAUUAUUAUUAUUUUUAUUUUUUUUAAAAACAGCCAUUUACGAAUUACCUCAUUGAUUGUUUAACUGUUUUUUGUUUGGGUUUUUUGUUAUUGUUGGUAAAACAAAAUAAUUUAUUAAUGCGUUAAUUUAUUGUUAUUAUUUAUUUAGAGGCUGCUAUAAACUGAAAUUAAGUUGCAAACUUUUAUCAAAAGAAGAAAAAAAAUUAGGCCUGCAUGAAACCCUAUUUAAAAAAAUAAAUAAAAGCCUCUAUGGUCGUUCAUAUCUACAGAUUUAUUUAUUUAAAUUUGCACAAAAAGAGACCCUUGAAACCAGCUGUGUGGAAACGGUUUGUAUAUACAGACAUCACUUUAUCACAUAUGGGAGGUAUUUUAGAAAUGCAUUCUAAGGGUCUGUCGACAGUAUUGGCACCAGGGAAAAGUUUGCUCCAUUGAGUAGAAAUCACAGAUUUAAAAUACUAAUAAUUAAAAAAAAUAAUACAAGUUUGUUUUUCUUGUGUUUCGGUUUGCAGCGCAAACACUCUAUGCAUUGGGAAACUAAAUCAUCACUGCGUCCAGUAGUGCUGUCUCCUAACAGACCUUAUUUUGUGGAUGGUGUAAUUCACUGUUAAAUGCCUGUUUUCACAUGAAGAUCACCUCGUUGUUUGUCGUGUUGAAUCGUUGUGUAAGUAAUCUUUUACUUUGUGCACAAGUAUGUUUACAAAAAGUGCGGCGACAUCAUGGAAAAUGUCCCACUGUCUCCCCAACUCCCUCACUCAUCAACUUCUCCAUCAUGCAGUCUCCUCCGUUGUCCUCUCACUUUGAUUGGUUCUCUUCAUCCUGUAAGCCAAAAUUCAACAGGGAGGUGUGUUCCAGCAAACUUAAUAAAUCAGUGAAAGAAA